UGUAAGUCCCAGUCACACAUCUGACAUGAAUCAGGUGUUUGAUAAGAAUCCAAUCACGUCGAUGAGAAAAAUAAAUAUUAGUAAGCAAGGAAGUUGUGUGUCGUUUGAUAUGUUAUUGUUAAUAUGUCAACUUAUAUCAUUCUGUUGAUUUAAUUCUACUCUAAGUGACAAGACAAUACUACUGUUACGUACGUGACAAUAACAAAGCAAACUUUUAUAAAUAACAUUGUUAUCUGAAGAGAACAGUGCGUAAUAAAAGCAAUGUUCAUAACUUAACUUAUCACUAGUUUUCAUAUUUGAUUGCCUAACGCACCAGUGAAAUAUAAGUAUUCCAAUGGGAUUGUGUUCAUCAUGUUUCAAAGGCUCAAGCGCCGAUUUCACAACGCCAGAUAUGGAAACUCGGAGGAGACAGCAGGUUGAAGCAGCAGAAAGACGACAGAGGGAGCAAGAGAAUCGUGGAAUCAAAAAUCCAGAGAGAGUAAAGAAAAUGCAAUUACGAUCUGAGGAGUUGGACAAACUGGAAAUGCAAGCAAACCGCACGAACCAGGAGGGUGGAUUGAAGUGGCAAGUAAGCUAAGCCUGCCAGCACCAAGUUUGCCUCCACGUUUUUCAAUAUUCUAUUCAUGUACUCGCUGUGUGUCAAUUUCAAACGCCGCUCCAGAUAAUGUAAAUUGUGGGAUUUGUACACAUAAUAUAUAAAACAUCACAUUAUAGAAACACAAUGUAUAAAUUUUUCACUGUUUUAUGA